CGGCGGCGCGGUGGGGUCGCGCUGCUGUGUGGUCGCUGCCAACGACAGCUAGGCGGCGGCGGUGGGCCGGGGAACGGAGAGGCCAGGACCGGAGUGGCGCGCCGGCCACGCGAGGUAUGAAGGAUGGAGUAUGACCUGCCGCACGAGGAGACCGUCAAGUGUGUGCUGGUGGGCGACACGGCUGUUGGCAAGACGCGCCUCAUCUGCGCGCGCGUCUACAACAAGCAGGUGUCGCUGUCCGAGCUUCUCACCAUGCACGUCCCGACCGUGUGGGCUGUGGACACGUACCGCAUCCACAAAGAGGUUCUGGAGCGCUCCUGGACGACCGUGGACGGCGUAAAUGUCUCGCUGCGCCUCUGGGAUACCUUCGGAGACCACGACAAAUACCGCAAAUACGCCUACCUCAAGUCGGACGUGGUGCUCAUCUGCUUCUCGGUGGGCAGCCAGAAGUCGCUGCGCAACUGUCGUCAGAUCUGGUACCCAGAGAUCCGACGCUUCUGCCCCGACACGCCGGUGGUCCUGGUCGGCUGCAAAAAUGACCUGAGGUACAUGUGCAUGGAUGAGACGUACAUCAACUACUGCAAAGAUCGCAGCCCAUUCAUCAGCCGCCACCUGGCUACCCGGGAGAGUGACCUGGUGCUGCCCGAGCACGGCAGGGCCGUGGCCCGCGAGCUCGGCGUCGACUACUUCGAGACGUCCGUGCUGACGUACUACGGCGUGGACCAGAUGUUCGAGAACGCCAUCCGGGCGGCGCUGAUCGCGCGCCGCAAGAAGUUCUGGAUGUCCAACCUGAAGCGCGUCAACAGGCCCAUGCUGCAGGCGCCGUUCUGCCCGCCCAAGCCCAGCCCGCCCGGUAUCUUCGUCACGCCCUCCACCUUCGAGGAGAACAUGGCCGCGCUGCUGGCCAACCAGUGGCACACGGACAUCAUCUUCCUAGUCGGCAGUGUCGGGUUCUCGGCACACAAAGCGGUGCUGGCCAGUGCCUCCGACCUCAUGUUCCAGCUGCUGACCAUGACGAUCACAGACGAGGCUGGCGGACGCUGCUCCUCGGACGACAGCCUGGCGGCGGGGAUGGAUGAGGCGAGCUCAGAGGCCGACACCGAGUGUCUGCUGUCCAGCUGCGCGCUCAAGCUCAUCACGGGGAAGACACGCGAGGCGGGGGCGGCGGCCGAGCCGAUCCGGGCCGCCUGGCGGCCCCCCACCAUCAGCCAGGUGGGCCAGUCUCGACACCUCAACCACCCGGCCUUCCAGACCAUCAGUAUACAACAGUGCGAGGGCCUGGACCUGAGCGGCCAGCCGAGCCUCUCGGUGCAAACCAUCGUCAGCGUGAGCAAGCUGGUCAGCCCGGCGUCACUGCGCCAGGCGCUGCACUUCCUCUACACCGGCCGGCUGGAGGACAACGCAAACUGCAACAUCAGGGAGCUGAUGGAGGCCUCGGAGUACCUGGGCUUCUCCCAGUUCCAAGCCUUCCUCGCGAACAUCGUCAGAAAGGAGGAGUAUCGCAACAAGGACAUCACAGCCUCCUACUUACAGAGUCUGAAGACGCGCCUGGUGGAGGUGUGCCUGGACGGCGGCAUGUUCUCGGACGUGCUGUUUCAGCUGGACGACGGUACUGCUGCCGCGCACCGGCCGCUGCUCAUGGCCAGGUGUGAGGUCAUGCAGGUCAUGUUCGCCGGCAACUUCCGGGAGAGCAAGGCCAAAAUCGUGUCGCUGCGUGACGUCACAGAGUCCACCUUCCGCGUGCUGCUGCACUUCAUGUACAGCGACUCGGUGCCCGCCAUCCGGCCACAGGAGUGCCUGCCGCUGCUGCAGCUCAGCAACCGGCUGUGCCUGCAGCGGCUGCUGACGCUGGUCGAGCGCACCACGGCCGAGCAGCUGGAGCAGGCGGCCGCCGACGGCCAGGACUGCGUCGAGCUGGUGCUGGCGCUGCUCGAGCCCGGACAGUUGCACAAUGCUGAUCAGCUGUCAGACUGGUGCCUGCACUACUUGGCCAUCAACUAUGACACCAUAUGCAAACGCUACCCGAAGCAGGUGCGCGCGCUCCACCCGGAGAAUCAGGCGUACCUCAACAAGCACCGCUGGCCACCCACCUGGUACCUGAAGGACUACGACUGCUACGAAAGGAUGCUGAGGGAGAGGCAACGCGAGGAGAACCCCAUCAAGCCAUUCAAACGCACGCGCACCAUCUCAGGGUGUCUCUGCUUCAGUGGCAAGCGCAAGCAGCAGACGGCGCACAGCGUCUGACAUCUACCGGCCGGAGCCGUCAACACAAGUCGUCAGGCCCGCCCGCCAGGCGGCUCCGACUGGUGGAGCCUGUGCUUCUGGAGCGGCACGGCAGGAGCCGUUUGGGUGUGAGACAGCGCCAAAGACACGAGUCGUUUGGGCGAAAGGCGUCAGUGGCAGGAGCCGUCUAGGCCUGAAGCGCCAAAGACAGGAGGCGUUUCGGCCUGAUGCGCCAAUGGCGGGAGCCGCCUGGGCGUUGGGCGGCGCCAAUGGCGGGGCCAUCUGGGCGUGAGGCGGCGGCGGUGAUGCUGUAUUUUCAGGGCUGAUUUGUACGCCGGAGCUCGUGAGGAAGCGCAUUGCUACGAGACCACGCCAUCGCCUGUCCCAUUUUGAACAAUGCAACUCUCGCCUAGUGGUGGACACGCUCGCACGCCGCCGGCUAUCUGCCCUUCUCGGGGAGAGCGUCAUCAGUGUACUCGAUCACGGCGCUCGCGCCUUAUGAGAGGUCUCGCGCCCUGCAUGGAGCCGGUCGUCGCCUGCCAGGACAAGUCAACGCCCUCUGAUUCCACGGUGCCCGGCGGGUUACCACAUCUGUACAAAUCAUGCUGUCUUGUCGCGCGCACGUGCCGUCGAAAGCACGCAUCUGGCGCUGCCUGCUUCCGCUGUGUGUUCUGCUGAACGCGCGCUGCAUGCGAGCCUGACACUAGACUUUUCUACCGUCCCUGUAGGCCCUCUGUGUGCGACAGCGGGUGUUCUCCAUAGCCCCGCGAGCCCGGCGGGGGCGGAAGGAGGGCAGGUGGCGCCGCUUGUCACGUCGGCUGGUGCCCGCAGGUUCAGGGGG